GAUUUCUACAUUGUGGCCCUUAUUACGAAAUAAGAUUUAUUUUCAUUAAUUUUGAAAGAAUGUAUAAUCUAGAGUUAACAAGAGUGGAUUAUACUAUUGUUGGUGUAACUAAUCCAAAUUGUUUGCAAGUGAUUCCUGGGACAGUAGAAAAAGAAUGUCAAAGGGUUGCAGUUGCGGAUGUCGAUGGAAUCCUGCAGGUGUUUUCUGUGAAAAAAGAAGAUAUUCAAAUACAUUUCAAAACUCUUCCAGGACCGCCAAUAGUUUCAGUAAAAGUAGCUGGAGCAGCAGGUACAGCAAAUGAUAAAAUUUUCAUCGCGUCUGGUAUAGAAGUGAAAGGUUACACAAAAAAAGGAAAAUUAUUUUUAACCUUCGACUCUGGUAUGACUGAAUCUAUAAGUACAAUGUUUGUGUUGGGUAACGAUUUAUUUCUAUGUGGUAAACAUGUUUAUACACAUUUUAAAGAUUGUAAGGACAACGGCUCGUAUCUUUGUGGGGAUAAAAUUGUUGACGUAAUCGCUUUUUAUAAUCAAAAUAAUCGACGAUUAAUUUCAUUAAUAGCAUGUGAAGGUAGAAUGAUCAGAGCGUUGGAACAUGCAAGAGUAACUUUUAGCAUGGAAGUUGAGAGCACUCCAACGGUACUUCACAUUUAUCAAGGCAAAGAAAACGCUGUCGUUUUAUUUGGAACAACUGAUGGUCGUAUUGGAGUUCUAGAUGUUGAAACUUUACAAGGAUUUCAACGCUGGUUGAUGACAAAUUCUGAAAACGAUAGUCCUGUAUGUGCUAUGGAUAGUUACGAUUUAAAUGGAGAAGGCAUAAAGCAAUUAAUAAUAGGUAGACAAGAUGGCUCCAUUGAAGUUUAUCAAGUUAACGUUGAGGAUCCAUUAGAAGUACCGAAAAUCAUUUAUAAAUACAACUGUAAUGAAAGCGUCAGCUCAUUACAAUGUGGAGUGAUUGCAACAGCUGGAUAUGAUGAAAUUUUAGUUGUCACCUAUUCCGGACGAAUUUUUGGACUUACCACACAAGUCAUUGAAGCCAGCUUUGAUAAUUCUACAGCUGGAUACAUAGCAUCUGCUGAUACGUGCCAAAAAAUUUUUAAACUGAAAGCCGAUAUUGAAGAUAUUAGAAGAAAAAUCCAAAAAGAACGAGAAAAGUAUCAGUUAUCAUCAACACAUAUCUAUUUUAAUGAAGUCUCUGCUAUUCCUCUACUCAUGGUCAAAGAUGCUUUUGUUUUAGAUAAAAACACUGGAAUUUACAAUUUAUCAAUAGAAGUACCUACGGCCAUUGAUAACAUUCUCUUACAAUGUAAUACUGAAAUUGAUCUAAUGGAUGUGGAUAGAAAUUCUGCCGUAGUAAGUCACAGCAUUUCUGACAAACAGGAUGAAAAUUAUCUGCUAGCAACAUAUCGAUGCCAAAUCAAUACAAAUCGUAUAGAUUUGAAAAUUCGUACCUUCGAAGGCAAAAAAGGUAUUUUACAAAUAUAUGUUUCUCCAUUGGUGCAACCAAAGUGUAGCAGAGUUAUAAAGUAUGAGAUAAAGGCUUUAUCUCUUCAUUCCAGGUUAUAUCAGAUGGAUAAGAAUAGACCUUUCAAUACUCUUGCAAUAAAAGGAUCAUUUAGUCUUGGUGAAAUACAUUCAUGGAUCAAUCAAUGUUUACCAGAAGUUCCCGAAAAACCUCAAGUUACAGAAAAAACAAUUUUAGCGUUUAAAUUGUGUUUGCUGGAUAGUGUUUUGCAAUGCACAUAUCAGAAAGGAGAAGCAGAAUUCAUAUCAGACAAUAUUUCAACAAUUUCUAUACUAAAAGAAAAUAUCUCUUAUGAAGCUACUAAGAAGAAAAUCAAACUUGAUAUCAGUACAUCUUUAAGCGACGAAUCAAUAAAUUUUGUAAUCAAAGCAGCAGAACAGGAAAUAGUAAAACACCAAAAAUGUGCUAAUGAAGUAAAAUUGUUAAACGCUUUACAUGAAUUGGAAAUAUCCGAAGAAGAAACCGUUAAAUAUUUAUCCGAUAAGUAUAAAGAUUUAUUACAACGAGAGAAAGAAAUCAAAAAAACUUCUCAGAAUGGUGUCGGCUGCCUCGAGAAACUGUAUGGAAUUUUGUGCAAUCUUUAUUUGGACUAUUACAAAUUUAAAGGCGUGAAUAUGAAAAACGAAGAUAAAUUGAAGCAACUUUUACAGAAUUACAAUUAUGAAAUAGUAUUACAAUUUUUUAAAUCUAACGAGAAGCCCAUAUGAACUGCGAAAACUGAUAAUUAUCCGCCAUAAACUAGCGUUUGCAUUAUUAGUCAUUAUGUGCAUUUCAAGAUUCCACAAUGGGAAAAUGAUCAGAUUUUGUUGCAUAACAAAACAAUAAUCAAAACUGUAUAUUUGCAAGAAAGAGUUAAGUAUGUAAAAAUAAACAAGAGUAUAAUAAAAUAAUGUAAGAUAAAAUUGAGUUGGUACAGCAACUUAUGGACAGGUCAAACCAUUUGAGUGCUGCAUGUUUAUGAUUAAAAGUGCUUGAAAUGCACACCAAAUAUUAGAUUAAGGUUUGAUAUCACCAUUGCAGUUAUCAGUCAGAACUAUUUAAAAUGUUACAUAUGUUUAUAUAGAGUUAAUUAUAAAUUGGUAUUGAUCAAAUAAAUAUAAACAAUUUUAAA